UGAGCUGAGCCUCUGCAGAGUAUUUGCAACUCUCUCUCUGUUGUAUACACAUGUGAAAAGGCUUGAGAGCUAAUUGGACAAGGUUUUCAUUAGCUCCAGGAAAGGUUGCUUCCUCAUUAAAGGCUUCAGAGAGUCUGAGCAUUCCCGAAGGAGGCAAUGCCCCACACCAAGGUCCUUCGUCUCAUCCUGCUGACACUGUCUGGAGUUCUGGUCCCUUUUGUGGAAACAGGUAAGUUGGAUUUCUUUCCAAACUACCAUUGCAGCCCUGACCUCUUUACUUGUUCCCUCACCUCUCCCAAGCAUCUUGUGUUCCUUCUCGUCAAACAAAGUGGAAUUCAAUCGGAGUAUUGAUUGCUAGUGCUGUGUAAGUGAAGUAUCUAAAAUCUAGGCAAAACAGAGAGGCUAUGGGUAGCAUUUUAUGGACUGAGGAGCAGGUUUCAGUGAGUUUGUGUGCACCUGGAAAAACAUUGGUGCCCUAAAACCUUGAAGAGUUGUCAGCAGCAAACUUAGGCUUGAAUUAGCAUUUUUAGGACUGUAUCUCUUGUGCUGGCACCAUACAAAUGUGGAAUUUGGUAUUGUGUAUAUAUAAUUCAGCAACAUGAGAAUUUUUUUUUUUUUUUAAAAGGAAGUUUUUAGUCCUGUCUGUAAAAAUAAAAGUAUGGAAAUACUGCACUGGUUAAAUCUCUACACAAGUGGCAGAAUAAGAGAUUCAGUGGUCCAGAGGACAGGUUUUAGUGUCUUUUCCAUGUCUUUCCCCCUAUCCCUGAUUCGUAGAAGAAAUUACGUGAAGUAGGCAAACAUUACAAAAUGCAUAUAUACAAGAUGCAUCACACAUCACUUGCAUCAUACAUAAAUUGUAGGGCAUCAUUUUUCUUUGUGCUGAUUUUGAGUCAUCAGUUCAAAAUUCUAAUUAUUAAACACAUAGUGUGUGUACACAAGUCCUAAUCAAUGUGUUCCCUUUGGAAAGAUCCACGUGUGCCUAUUUGUUCAAUGCUGAGAAUACCAAUGGAAUUCAGUGUCAGAAAAACAUUCAUGCAAAAUAUGAUUUUAAAAGCUUAAAAGAUUUUAAGCUUACUUGUAAGCUUAAAAGUAACCUAACUGCAAUUCCCCAAUCCCUUUUAAAAAACACUCUUGGAUUGGGCAGUCUGUUCGUGUGACAACUGAAUAAAACAGGGGUGGCUAACUUGUGGCCCUAAAGAUGGUUUUGAUUACAAUUCCUGUCUUAUCUGACCAUUGGCCUUGCUGGCUGCCGGUGAUGGGAGCCGUGGUCCAACAAUAUCUGGAAGUCUCCAAAUUGGUUACCCCUGGAGCAGAACAGAGCCUUAUGUGGGAAAAUAAUGUACCUGAAAUCCUUUACCUGGAUUGUGCCAGAUAUUGGACCUCUUGAGUCAAAAGCAGCUACCACUGAAAUAGGGUCCAUGCAUCCUUUCUAUUAAGGGGGAUUUUUGUUGCUGCUGCUAAUGUUGUUUCAAGGCUCAUAGGCUACAAUCUUAUAUCCCUUACCUGGAAGGAAGUUCCAUUGAAUAGGACUUACUUCUGAGUAGACAUGUAUGUCUAGGAUUCCACCAUUAGAUUGCUCAUUGCAAACUCUGAAAGUUCUUUGCCCAGUGAAGGGGCAGAAAACUUCUUGACCUUUGCAGUACAUUUUAGACAGACACAAGCCACAAGGGCUUGUUAGAAGCUUGUGGUGUUUCACUUGCAGAUAUAAAUGGUAACAGAGUUUCCAAAGCCAUAAUGAAAAGCCAUUAUCAAUAUGUUCAUCCUAUCUUUGUUGCAUUUGGAUUGACAGUACUGGAGCUUCGAAGCUGCUUAAUUCAUAACUAUGAGCAUUAGUGGCAAUGCUUUGUCUUCGGUAGGUUGCGUCAAAGGAGUCAACAUAUAUUUUGCUAACUAACAGCAGGGAAGAUGAGAUGAUAUCCCCAUCUUUAACUUGGCACAAACAACAUUGCCUCUUUAGGAACAUCAUCUGUACCCCUUCAUACAAUAAAAUAUAUUGUUUUAAUGUGUGAGGACUCUUCGCUUCCAGAAGCAGCAGAAAAAGUCAUCUGCUUAAGAGACCAAAAAGGGUAUUAUAUUUUUACCAUAAAAUGUGAGUCCUGGCUUUCAUAUAUGGUAAAAGAAUCCCAUACAUGAUAAAUCUGUUAAUCAUUUUCUCUACAGUGUAUUGCAGUAUUUUAAUUGCAUUGGUUUUCCUUAUUGGAACUUGGCAGUAUGGUUGCAACAACAUUGUUUGAUGCUGCCACAUUGCCUUUCUUUGUCUCCACAGUACUGAUAAUAUUUGGAAGUGUUGACCAAGGGACUUGCUAUUGAUAUUAGCAUUUUCAUUUCGCUUUAAAGUGCAAUUUAUUUCUUGGUUUAGCUCUGUAUCCAGCAAUGAGCCUUUCAACACAGGCAAUCUCAUAACUUUUCUUUACAGAAUCAUCUUUGUGCUCGCUCUCUCUCUCUCUUUUCAUAUUGUUGGUACAUCCCUUGAUGUCUUAUCCCCGCAUUUUUCAACAUUUGACUCACAGCUGUAUGUAUGAGCUGACCGUUGGAAGUGCUUUGUGCUGGAGGAGAUAAUGAAUUUCUCUGUUGUAUUUUAUCUGUGAUUGCUCAGUCAUUCAUCGUUUGAAUAUUGCAUUUGUGAUGUAAUGAUCAGGCAUUUAGGAACUUGCCCCUUUUUUCUUUUAUCCAGGAUGAAACUUCUGCCUUAUAAGUUUUCGAAAUAAAUAAAUAAAUAACCCACCCUUCAUCAAAAGAUCUCAGGUCAGUUAAUGCAUUGGACUGUUUAGAUUUCCCUAUUAGCUUAGAACUGCUGUAGAACAUAAAUAGCAUUUUAAAAGGUAAUGGGUGAAGCCCAGAUAAAAUUCCAUUAUUUAUUUACUUUGAUAAUUUACUUAAAUCAUUUUUAUCCUGUCCUUAAAAAGCUAAACAACUUUCAGGGUGACGUAGAAGGUCAACAUAUAAUAUAUUUUACUUAUAAUUGUAAAGCAUUUUUACCUCACUCUUUUUAGGGUACAAAAAAAAGAGCCAGUCUCUGCCCCAAGGCUUGCAAUUUAAAAACAUGUGACACAAAAGGAAAAAGGAUUGGGGAGGGAGAAGCAAACUUGGGCACUAGAUCUUGGUUACAAGGCAAGAACAUACGGGCUUGCUGCUGUUAGCUGCUCACAGUUCUGCAACAGGUCUUUGUGGACCUCAAAAAAAACAGCUUUCCAACCCAACGUUCUCUUUUUCACAAGGCGGUUGGUUCUGAUGGCCUCUGAAAGAGGAGCAGCCCAGCCCAGUUCAGUUUAUGAAAAUGGCAGUGAAUGAACAUACUAUAAUAUGGUUGUAACUUUUCUAAAAGUGACAUAUGUGUUGGAUAUCACACCCUGUGAAAGAGGAUUAAUUUUUAUUCCCAUUGUGCCUUCUGGAGGUUGUUUUUAAAUUUGCCUUUCAACGUAUGAGUCAGGAAGAAAACUCCUUGCCAUGUGUCCCAACAAAAUGAUGAAAGGGGUACAGCCAGUCCCCUUGUGUAAGCUAUAUACAUAGCCCCGGCCUUUUUUUUUGUAAACAAGUUUAUUUAACAUCCAGAGCAACCAUGGUGCUUUGUGUAGACCCAUGCUUGAGCUUGUACCAUCACAGACUUCCCUUUGUGCCUCUGAAGAAGGGCUUCUUUCAUCCACACACUGGCCACAUGCCCACUGGGGCUACCUGAGUCCGUACAGCCCACUCUUGGUCUCUGAGAGCACUUCUGGGUCCCUGCUUUUCUGUGCCGGCGCCUCUGGCUUUCCACAACAGAAACCUCCAAAGUGAGCAGGCAGAUACUGAUCUCAGCCCCCAAGUACUACUGAUGUUUUAAAUCUUUAGUAGCUGAGAACCAACCCAAGGAAUUAGUCCCUGACCACCUUCACCUCACAGCUAUCCAUGUGGAAAGAACAGUCAAAACCCCUCAAUUUUCCUGCAAACCUACAUGAAAGUGAUGGAAUCAGGAGGCCAUGCAGAUGUUUCUUCAUAUAUGCACGGCAUAGAAUCAACCAGUUUUUCCGGUGCAGAUGGAGGCUUCCGUCUCUUGAUUUGAACUAAUAAUAAUAAUAAUAAUAAUAAUAAUAAUAAUAAUAAUUUAUUAUUUACACCCUACCCAUCUGGCUGGGCUUCCCCAGCUACUCUGGGUGGCUUCCCACAAAAUAUUAAAAUACAGUAAUGAAUCAAACAUUAAGAGCUUCCCUAAACAGAGCUGCCUUCAGAUGUCUUCUAGAAGUCUGGUAGUUGACAUCUGGUGGGAGGGCGUUCCACAGGGCGGGUGCCACUACCGAGAAGGCCCUCUGCUUGGUUCCUGGUUCUCGCAGUGAGGGAACCGCCAGAAGGCCCUCGGCUCUGGACUUCAGUGUCCGGGCAGAAUGAUGGGGGUGGAGACGCUUCAAGGCUAACACUGAUGAUUUGUACUCUGCGUAUGGGUCAUGUUUAAAUCAGGCCACUUGCAAGACAGCAGUGGAGAUUGGUUUCAAGCUUUCUGGGACAUUUAUGUUUGUAAGAGCAGGGACAAGAUGGCCUGAGACAACUCUACACUGUCAUAGUGUCUGCUAAUGCCCCAGUUAAAAUAGUCAUGCUGCCUUUUUCACUCAUCCCAGUACAAAUGGAUGAUGGACUAGUGGCUAUGGAGAUAGUAUGUGCUUUGGAAGAGGAGUUGAUUUCUCCAGAGGAGCUGCUGCAAAGUGAUCCUCAUUUUUAAAAAGUAGCCUAUAACUAAUCCAGAGAAAGAAGUGAGGUGAAAAUAAACUAUCUCUGAGCCACAGUGGUUCACUAAGCAUGUGUUCUCAAACAUUUUAUUUUUGCCUUUGUUCAUGUGUCAAGAUGGCAUGUUGCAGCGCCCCCAUUUUUGACUAAAAUAUGUCAGUUUGUUCAGAGGCAUCCUCAUUUUCAGAGACUACUUGUACCAUGGUUGGUUUGAAACUGAUACUAUGGGGACUACUGUGGUGUUUUCUCAGCAGAGUAUAUAUUACAUAACCUGGACCUUUUAGCACUUUGUUCCAAGCACGAUCUCUUUGCCAGCAUUAUUAAAUUGUCAUCCCAGUUUAAGUUUCUUUGACAAGCUACAUUAACUUAGAUCAGUGUUCUAGGCCUGUGACAAGUUUCAAAUUAAAGGGAGAUUGUAACAACUCUAAUUAAACACCAAUCCCUGUUGAUCAGGAAGUCUUUGAGAGAGUGUGGGUUCUUGCUUAUCCCAACCACUCUGUUACUUUUAAAUUAUGUGGGAAAUAAUUUCUUCCUGGGUGCCAUUUGAGUUGGAAAUGUCAUUUUUUGGUGGGCUUUGGCCAUUUUUAACAAAAACGGUUUUUUUCAGACUUUAGGCACAAAGUCAAUGUUCCUAUCCUGUGCUUAUAAAUGCCAAUCACAACACUUCACAUAGCACAGGGCAAGGGGAGGGGAUGGUAGAGAGAAGAGAUUGGUUGUUUUAAGAUCAGAGAGCUGAUGUUAACAUGCUGCCUCAACUGCAAGUAGACCAUCCGUUGCUGCAGUUGUCUCUUGGUAGUAGCACUUUGGCUGAAGGAAAAUUAUAUUCACAGCAUUCAAAUUGGAAAAGGUUGUCAACUGAUGAAGAUGGGCAACAGGCCUGGCCUUGGGCUUUGAACAGCAGCUGCUUGAUCUAUAGGAGAAAUCACAAGUCAAAACUUUUCACAGCACUGUGAUUUAAGCAUUGUUACACUUGAAAGUCUCCAAAUUAAAGGCCACAUUCACAGCAUACAUUUAAAACACUAUGAUACCACUUUAAACAGUCAUGGCUUCCCCCCCAAAGGAUUCUGGGAACUGUAGCUUUUGGAAGGUGCUGAAUGUUGUUAGGAGGCCCCUCUUUCCUUCACAGAGUUACAAUUUGCAGAGUGAUUUAACAAUCAACCCCUCUUCCCAGGGAACUCUGGGAAUUGUAGCUCUGAGGGGUGUAGAUGUCUCCUAACAAUCGAUUUGCUGACCAAUUUGUUUUCAAGCCAGGAAAUUCAAUGUACAACCAUUAUGAAUUUGAGCAAAACUAUUGCUAUAAUUGACAAGGGAGGAAAGCACAGGCAUUCCAGCUGCUUUCCCCUCCUUUGGUCAUUACAGCAUGCAGUGGAGGGAUAUCAGUACUUUCGCAAACUGGGCAGAUCACUCAAAGGGAGGAGUCAAAUUGCUACUUCCUGUGCAAGUGGGUAUAAUUUUUAUUUAAUGAAACACUCUGACAAUUCUGGAGAGGAUUAUGAAUAUCUCAAGCCCCCAACCUCAGACUAUGGCUGUUUAUUCUCAAGGGAAGGACAUUUUGUCAGUAAUAGGUUUUACCUCAGGUUCUUCAUUGGCCUUUAGCUGCCAACCAGGCUAAAUUCAAGAUUCUGGUUUUGGUGUAUGAAGCUUGGGACUAGGGUUAAUGCUUGGGACUAGGGUUAAUGAAAGAUCAUUUCCCCUCUUAUAUACCCAAUCAAACACUGAAUUCUGCAACUGAGGGCCUCCUGCAGAUACCAUCUUAGCAGGAGAUCUGCCCCACACAAUGUAAAGAACCAGGCCUUAAGUGUUGUGGCACCUAGCUUUUGGAAUUCCUUCUCCUUAAAUAUUAGACAGGUACCGUCUCUUCAACAGUACAGUCUACAUCUGCAUUGCAAUGGUUUUAUCAGUUCUUUUUUGCCUCCAUGGGCUCCUUUGGAAGGAAAGGCGGGAAAUUUAGGCUGAGGUACCUCAGGGUAACUGCAGCAGUGGCCUGGCAAGGAUCUUUAUGCUACCGGUUUGCCUGAAACCAGCUGUUGCUUGCUUUGGGUGAAGAUUUUUUAGCCAAGGCACUUGAGGCUUUAGCUCCAACCUGUUGCUCCUGAGUGAGUUAAAGUUUAUCUUGAAUGAAACUGAUAGCAGGAGCCUUGAAGAAAAAGCUAGGUCUGUUUGAUUGCUUAAUCAGUAUCUGUUUGAUACUGUGUAUUAAAGAAUAUGAAUCUUCAUGACCAAAAAUUAUGCCAAUAUAUUAGUCACGGGGCAAGUAAAUAUCAUAAGGCAAAUCAUGUCAUGACUGGGAUUGAAGGAAACAUAUUGCUAGGAACAUCCUUAAAGUGAAUGUCAUGUUCUAUACAGCACAGUGAGAUAAUAUACAACAUAGAGAGAAGCUAUGUAAAAUGAUUUUUACAAAAGUUUUCUAAUAAAGCAGAGAAAAUAUUUCAAGCAAAUACCCUACUUAAGAAAAACCUAGCUUGGAUGUCUUUCCUUGGCAAUGAGAACUCAUCCCCAACCUAUGGCAGAAUCUGAAAAACAUAGGUGUUAACAAGAUUUAAUCAUCAAAACCUUUAAGCAGGUUACAUAAAACAAUAUAAAAUACACAUUAAAAAUACUGAUAAAAUCAGAUGUUUAAAACAAACUGAUCUAAGAAUUUACAAAACAUAAAAUCAGCAUUUUUAAAAAAGCAUUAUAAGAUGCCAUGUAAACAAUACACACCUGGGUAGGUUUGCUUGAACAAAAAAGUUUUUAGCAGGCACUGAAAGCGUUACAGUGAAGACACCUGCCUAAUAUUAACAGAUCAUGAGUUUCAGAGUGCAGGGGCUGCCACAAUGAAGGCCUAAUUCCUUGCAAGUGCAGAACAAACAUGAUGUGGCACUGGCAAAAGUGGCAGUUCCACAGAUCAAAGCAGUCAAUCGGACACAUGUGAGGUAAAGCGAUCCUUCACAAGGUUGUCAAAAAUGGCACCUUUCCAAAUGUGAGUACUGUAUAUUGCUCACUUUAAGAACCAAGUUAACAUGCAUUUUACAUCAUUUGUGGUAGGAUUUAAUUUUGUUAACUAGCUGGAGGAUUAUUGCCUAAGGCGCAGGGAAAGGAACCUCCCCUCCCCCAAGGGCUGCAUCCUUGAGGUAAUCAGAUUUAGACCGCUUGGCAGUGCCAAAGAGCUUGAAGUCAUAGGUCAGCGGUGGCGAACCUAUGGCGUGCAUGCCAGAGUGGGCACGCGGAGCCCUCACUGCUGGCACGCACGCCAUCGGCCCAUCUGCACUGUUUUGUUGGUUUUUUUCCAUUUGUGCUCCCACUCUUCCCCACGCUACUGUGUGCAUCCACUGCUUAAACUCGGAACUUUUUUCUUCUUUUUUGCUGCUGGCCGGCGAUUGUGUUCGGCAAUUGGUCCAUUUUUCUUUCUUUUUUUAAAAAUAUAUUUUUAUUAAACAAUUUUAGCCAAACAAAUUAUCAGUCACAAUAACCAAUUACAUUUCUCCCCCCCUUUUUAUUCCCCCCUUCCCUUCCCUCCCUCUCCCACCCCCUAAGGACUUCCCUCAGCUCCCCUCUCUGAUUUGUUUGUACAUAUUAUUCUCUGCAUGUUAAAAAUGGUGCAUACCAUUGCCUUAUCUAUCAUAUAUUCUACUAAUAAGUUUGUGGAUGUUUAUUCAAAACCUGCCAAGGAGUCCAAAUCAUUUUGUUGUUUUUUUAGAUAGUUUGCAAAAAGUUCCCAUUCUUCCUUAAAGUCACAAUUCUUCCUUAAAGUCCAUAAAUAACAACACCCUAGUGGUCCCAGGCCCUAAGGAAGUUAGAUUAGCUUCAACCAGAGCCAGGGCCUUUUCAACUCUGGCUCCGGCCUGGUGGAACGCUCUGCCUCAUGAGACCAGGGCCCUGCAGGAUCUGAUUUCUUUCUGCAGGGCCUGUAAGACAGAGUUGUUCUGCCUGGCCUUUGGCUUGGAGCCAAUUUGAUUCCCUCCCUCCCUCUCUUUCUUUUUUCCUUUCCUUCUCCUCCUGCGAUGAGGCUACAUUUUAAUAUUUUAAUGUUCCAUUAUUUUAAUGUUGUAUUUGAUUUUUGUUUUUAAGUUGUAAUCAUUCAUCUUGUUUUUAUUAUUGCUUGUAAGCCGCUCUGAGCCCGGCCUUGGCUGGGGAGGGCGGGGUAUAAAUAAAAAAAUUAUUAUUAUUAUUAUUAUUAUUAUUAUUAUUAUUAAUAAUUGUUCUUCUCACGUAAUUUAUAUGUCAAUUUUGCCAACUCCGCAUAACUCAUCAGUUUUUCUUGCCAUUGUUCUUUCGUUGGGAUUUCCUCAUUCUUCCAUCCUUGUGCUAACAAGACUCUUGCCGCUGUUGUUGCAUACAUAAAUUCUUUGUUUUUCUUGGCAGGUCUCGUCCUAAAAUCCCUAACAAAAACGCUUCUGGUUUCUUUACAAAUGUCAUUUUAAACAUUUUUUUCAAUUCGUUGUAUAUCAUCUCCCAAAUUUUUUUAACUUCUCUACAUUCCCACCACAUAGGAUACAAACGAUUGGUCUGUUUUUCAAUUGGCUGCGGCAGUGGCUGUUUCUGAUUGGGCAUAACAGCUAUCAUUAUUUGACCCUUGUGAUUUUUUUCCUGCACUUUUUUCAGUGCUGCGUGGUAGUUCCCAGCUCCCCCAUCCAAGCCAGGCCUCGCCCAUUCCUUUCCAUCGUAACCCCCCCCCCCCGCUCCAAUCCUCCGCAGGCCCUUUGCCUGCUAUGGGCCCGACCUGCCUGGGCUAGGAGGGCACUUGCGCCCGCCGCCUCCCUGCAUGCCUGGCACAACCCAGCCUCACCCCUUUGCCGCGGUGACGUUGCUGGAGAGAGGGAGGAAGAUGGGGAAGACCACGCUGGGAUUGUGGCGGGGAGCAGGCAUAUAGGCAGGCAGCCGCGGCUGUUGGGCUGGCUGGCUGGGGUGGGGGCUCUCCCUCUCCUCCUGGCCACUGCUGCUCACCUGGCCUCAGGGCUGCUCCGUCCUCCUCGCAGCAGCCCAAGAGUGAGCCAGCCAGCUAGCCAGGGAGCGCCCGGCGGGAGGUGGGAAGAGGGAGGGAGAUUAAUAAUAAUAAUAAUAAUAAUUUAUUUAUAUCCCUCCCUCCCCUGCUGAAGCCAGGCUCAGAGUGGCUGAGUAAAAAUAACACAAAAUAACAAUAGUAAAAAUAACACAGUUUACAUAAAAUCACAAUCAAUUAAUUGAAAUACAUUCUAAAACCAAUUCAUUCUAAAAUCAAUUCAGAGUCAAAUUAAUGGCAACCAUUGGGCUAGAGUUCUGUGAGGAUUACUGAAGGAGGGAGUCAGGCUGUGCCCUGGCCAAAGGCCUAGUGGAACAGCUCUGUCUUGUAGACCCUGCAGAAAGAUGUCAAGUCCCACAGGCCCCUAGUCUCUUGUGACAAAGCGUUCCGCCAGGUCGGGGCCACGGCCGAAAAAGCCCUGGCUCUAGUUGAGGCCAGCCUAACCUCUCUGUGGCCCAGGACCUCCAAGAUGUUUUUGUUUGAAGACCGUAAGGUCCUCCGUGGGACAUAGCAGGAGAGGCGGUCCCAUAGGUAGGAGGGUCCUAGGCCAUAUAGGGCUUUAAAGAUGGCGAGAAUCGCAGUGUUUCUUCUCAAAAACGUAGGGCACUUUGCAAUAAAUAAGUCGGUUUUGGUUUGCAGUUUGGGCACUCAGUCUCUAAAAGGUUCGCCACCACUGUCAUAGGUGAUGUGGGCCGAGCCAAAGUGGGUGGGGCUUGUGCAGUGGGUGGAGCUUUGGAACUAGGCUGAGGGACGCACAAAAUGAGACCGAGAGCUGCAUGCGCUCCUUGGAGCACAGUUUCCUCACCUCAGUCUAGCGUUAUUACAGAUGCUGCACAACACAUGGCUUCAGUAACCUUAAUACUUGUUUGUGAGGGGAACUGUGAAGAAACUUUAUCCACGAGACAACAUGUGUUGUGAUUUUUGUCUCCUCUGUGCACAGUAGUUUCUUCAUUAAGGUGUGAGGCACAAUCUAGAAGGGGCCAGCAUUAGUUUGCAGGCCAACUCGUAGCUGUCAGUUUGGCCAGUUGCAGACCACAGCUUUAUUUAUACUCGGUGGUGUGCAGGUUUUUCCCUACUAAUCAAGGUAGGUUAGAGAUGGAAUUUCAGCACGAUCCAAAUGCCACUGGUAUAAUUCACACUUAUUGACUAUGUGGUGCACCAAAUCGGACUGUCCUGCUGGCAGACUAAAUGACCCCUUUAUGAGGAUCGCUAAGGCAGCAAUUCAUGCAAGCCUAUGCUAUCAACCCUGACCGGUUAGCCCUCUACUUGAGAGUCUUCAAGAAGCAAAGCUGUGGACUGAAGCUUUUCCACACGUGAAGACUGACUGUCCUACCCAGGGCUAUUUUUUCAGCCGGAACUCAGGUGGGCACCAUUGCCAUUCUAAGAGAACAAAGGACAAGUUAAUGGUGAGCUUUGGCACCUCUUUUUCUAGAAAAAUAGCACUGGUCCUACCACUGAUAAGUCUUUUUAUCCACUAGCCUGAAGUGAAAUUUACCCUGAUCCCACUUUUCUUAUACAGCGUUGUGCAUUUUUUUCUCAUUUUUAAAAAACAAAACUUCUGUACAUUCUUUGUCUACUGGCAAGCAAGCUACUGAAACCUUUGGCCCUCAGCUAUAUUUCCCCUCAGGCCUGGGGAUCAUCUUAUGCGAUUAGAUAGCUUUGAAUGUUUUGCUCCACAUUUUCAGUUUGGUGUGACAUUUCCAGUGGUUUUGACAGAGCCCUGCAGAAUGUCUCCAGUUCUUGCUGGGGCCUCUGCCUCGUCCUGCUCAGACAAAAUGAGCAUUGAUCGCUGCCUUCUGGGUCCAGCCACAUAUAAACAGAAAGGGCCUUUUGAGUUCCUCCAGAGCCCACUUAGGGGGGGAAAACAGGACAUGAAUGGCAACAUCAAAGAAAAUGUAGUUUUUUUGGAAUCUCACCUGAGAAGGCAUCUGAGGGGCACCGUCAGGGGAGGGUCUGGGUUCCUGUCUAUCCUAGUUCCAAGGCUGUGUGUCCUGCCUGUGAAAGUCCUGGCAGGGAAAGUCUGUCGGGGGAGUGAGAAGCUAACAUUGUGGGCAGGGAGAAGAUUGCCAAUAACGCAAAGGCUCCAUUAAUCCUGCAACUGUGCUCAGUGCUUGGCCUCUCCCUGGACUCACCAGAUGUUUAAAAUAUUUGCAAGCUUUUUUCAAUCUGUAAAUUCUUCAGCAGGCAGAAGCCUCCAAGAGCAAAAAUCAAAAGAAGAAUUGGUUGUAUUGUAUCGUCUAAACUUGAGAAGCUAAGGUGAUCAGAGCAGGCUCUAGAUUGCAAAUAGGCCUUGCAUGGAAAGACUGGGCCCAGUUUCUCAAGUCAUUUGCAGUGAAAAAAGUUGUGACAAAUAUACUCCCUCCCUGUGGAAAUACACAUUUGCCACUAAUCAAAGGUGUAUUUCAAACCCUCCAGUUCCAUCUAGAUUUCCAAGGACUCAUGCAAGACACUGAACAGUUGAGCCUAAACAACACAACACAACUAUCUGAAGCUGUACCCUUUUCUAUCCAAUCAUAUUUCCUUAUUUCCUGUUUAUUGCAGCCUUAUUUUUCCUAGCUUUUAAAAACUGUGGGCAAAGCAUGAUAUGUCAUGGUAGAAGACGUUUUAGGUUUAUGGUUCUUAAGGGUUUCUAGUGACCAUUAUAUGGACCACUUGGGGUUCCCUUUAUCCCUUAAAAAGAUGGUUCUAAUUUUUAAAGUAUAUGAAUACUGUGUACUCCCCUCUUCAGCUUUGCCAUGCUUAUUUCUCCAUUUUUCCACCCAAGCAAAAAGCAAACACAAGUACAACAAGGUUCCCCCCACAACAUGUAUGGGUAAGAUUAUCAUGCUAAUACGUAUUUUUGUAAUUGAAAGGUAGAGCAUGAAACCACAUGAACUGCCGUAACUGACUGUGCCCAAAUGGCAAGCCUUCUGGGGCCAAUUUUGGUCAAACUGUCAACAGAGCAAACAGAAAGAAGAUGGGCAGAGAUGAUGUAAAGUUUAGAAUGAAUAUUUCAAAGCACCAUUAGGUGUGGCUGGAGGUUGCAGGCUCAGAACCAAGGGAGAACUGAACAGCUCUGAUGAUUUUAUCCAGCAGAGGGCAAUGCAACCCAUUCUUUUGCUACCACUUAUUAAGAUGUACUUGUUGUUGCCUAGGGAAGGAGGAAGCCUUAAUGAGCCUUUCAGCAUCCCAGUGUUAAUUAAUUAAUUUAUUUUACAAACCUAAUUAUAUACCACUAUUCAUUAAAAAAAAUCAAAGGGAUUUUUGAUGGGGGUUUUUUUAACACUAAUUGUGCAUAAAUCCAUAUUAAAUAGUUAAAAUCAGAAAUUGACUAUUAUGGAAAGAUAAAGCCUGCAUAAGUCUAAUGGAAUAGAAAAUUUGAAACAGGGUUCCUGUUGAAUCUCUAGUGCCAGAAUUUAAGAGGCUGUGGUCCGGAUAGUCUGAAAAGAUUAACUGGGCUUUUGUGUGUGUUGCUCUAGCAGAAUACCCCCAAGGGCCGCUCCCAACGCUAUGGAAUGAUCCACCAGAGCUGCCAUCGGGUGGAGGGCCCUCAGAGACCACCACCACAGCCCGCUUCUCCGACUCUCCAGGAUUCCCACCUUACACUUCUGAUUAUGAACCAGAGGACACAACCCAUCUGCACCAACUGGAUAAUGGGAACGGUACAUGUUAUUGGAGAUGGGGUGCUAAACAACACGGCUUUGGGCGGGGGCGGGGGCGCUGUGUGAGGUCACAAAAAUUUGCUAUGUUGGGAUGGCUGUACUGGAAACCACCAUUUCCUUCUAAUGCAACAAAUUUUAACAUGAUUUUGGAAGAGUAGCAAAAUGAAAUACUGCAGUGGAUGACUAAAACAACAACCACUAGCAGUUUUGCAUUGCUCUGUAAAGCAGAAAUACAAAAGAAACAGAUUUCCAUUUUAUUGAUGCACCUUAAACAAUACCAUUCCUUUGGAAUUUAAGAAGCUCACUUUCUGCUCCAAAGAUAAAAAAGGUAAAGGACCCCGGGCGGUUAUGUCCAGUCAAAGGUGACUAUGGGGUGUGGCAUUCAUCUCGCUUUUCAGACCAAGGAAGCCAGACCAGUGUUUGUCCACAGACAAAUGCCAGCUCCCUUGGCAUGACCACAGACAAACAUGACUGAACCACUACUGGCACAUGGAGGACUGUGACGAGUGCCAGAGUGCAUGAAAACACUGCAUACCUUCCCGCUGCAGCAAUACCUAUUUAUCUACUUGCACUGGCAUUCUUUUGAACUGCUAGGUGGUCAGAAGCUGGGACAGAGCAACGGGAGCUCACUCCGAGUCAGUGAAGGAACUUUUCUGACAUCCUGUUGCGCAGAUUCGAACUGCUGACCUUCUGACUGGCAAGCCCAAGAGACAUCCUAAGAACAUGGGGUGCCAAGUUGGCACUCCCGGUGUCAGAUAAUGGCUGCAUUCACUCUUAAUGCCAGAUCAUAAUUUAUCCUUCAUGUGCAAAAAUCUCAGUCUCGUGUUCUUCCUUCACUUCCUCUGGGUCAGCCACUUUAAAUGACCCACAGUUAUUCACUAUAUCUAAACCCAGCCAAACUGUGGUUCGUGUUAACUAUAGCAUAAGGAAACAAGCAAUCUAAAGUUGACACUACUUUUAUUUAUAAUUAUUUAUUAAAUCUGUAUAUUGCCCUUCAUCUGAAGAUCUCGGGGUGAUUCACAGCAGAAAAAUUACAAGAUAAAACAAAAAAAUGCACGAUAAAAGCCAGAACAUUGACAAAAGAAAGCAAUAACCCCCCCCCCCACCUGACUUAGGAUUUUGGAUUUUUCUGAAUAAAUCAUGUAAGAUCCUUGAUAAAUAGAGAGAACAAAACACAUACAACCCCAGUGAUCUGCUGCAUAUCUGCCUUAAAUUCUUAAAACUCCUGGUAUAAUUAGAGAUCAUUGUUCACUCCUGCUUGCAACCCAAAUCAAAUCUGUUUCUUCUGUAGAUGUAAAGAAUGACACAACAGAGCCAUUUCUUUACCUUCCCUGUGCAGCUAUUCCCCAAGGAAUGUCAGGGCAGCAUUCUAGUCUCGGACUUUCUCCCUCAACCAGCAACUGAGAGUAUGCAUGAUGUCAGCAAAUGCGUCAAGAAGGGGGAAGAGCCAUAUAUGGGCCCUUAUCCUCUGACCUAGAUUGGCCCACCCGCUAACCACUGGCUUAGGGGAUCUAGCACAUGGGCUUUAUACACGGCAUUACUUAAGAGAAUGAUCCAGUACAAUCCAGUGUUGUUUUCCUGGUGCUGUACUUGUUAGCAAAGGUGUAUGGUGGGAAAGACUGUGUAUUUCCUGCCCAUGUUUUUCAGAGGCACUUUUCUGUUCUCCUCAACCUGUCUGCUUCCCCUCCCCUCCUCUUUGUCACCUGCAGGGUCUCUGGGUCCUGGAGCCAUUGGUGCCAUAGUGAUCGCUGCUCUGCUGGGCACAUCUGUGAUUGUGGCCCUGAUCGUCAUCACCCUGCGAAAGUUUUCUGCUUCCUGAAAUCAAUAAAAAAGGUCCUUUUUCCUAAUAUACACCUGUCUGAGCCCUUUCCUUCUUCUGCAGUUAUUGCUUUCUGUCUGUGAAAAGGAAAAAACCAAGUUCCUCUAGCACCUGCGUUGUCCAAAUGUUAUAGGAUAUAUAGCCUGUUUUUAACCUCCUGGGAUCAGAUUCCCUUUUCUAACACAAAUACUUUUAAAACAUUAGUGAUGGCACAAGUGGGAUUUAGAGUGGGGACUGAGGGAUGUGUG